AAGAAUGGAUCUUGGAGAAUGCCUGAAAGUCCAUGACCUGGCUCUAAGAGCAGAUUAUGAAAUUGCAUCCAAAGAACAGGACUUUUUCUUUGAACUUGAUGCCAUGGAUCAUCUGCAGUCCUUCAAUGCAGAUUGGGAUCGAAGAACUGAAGUGUCUAAGAAAAGAUUAGCAGAAACACAAGAAGAGAUAAGUGCUGAAGUGGCAGCAAAGGCUGAACGUGUUCAUGAGUUAAAUGAAGAAAUAGGUAAAUUGUUGGCCAAAGUGGAACAACUAGGAGCUGAAGGAAAUGUGGAAGAAUCUCAGAAAGUCAUGGAUGAAGUGGAGAAAGCACGAGCAAAGAAAAGAGAAGCAGAGGAAGUUUAUCGGAAUUCUAAGCCAGCUUCCAGUUUCCAGCAGCAGAAACUUCGAGUCUGUGAAGUUUGUUCCGCAUAUUUAGGUCUUCAUGAUAAUGACAGGCGACUUGCUGAUCAUUUUGGGGGUAAACUGCACCUGGGAUUUAUUGAAAUAAGAGAGAAACUCGAAGAAUUAAAGAGAGUUGUAGCUGAGAAGCAGGAGAAUAGAAACCAGGAACGUCUGAAACGAAGAGAAGAGGGAGAGAGAGAAGAAUGGGAAAAACUGAGGAGAUCUAGAUCUAGAGAGCAUCGUAGACACCGAUCUCGCUCCAUGUCACGACGCAAGAGGAGGACUCAAUCCAAGUCUCGAGAGAAACGACAUCGCCACAGGUCCCGUUCCAGUAGCCGCAGCCGCAGCCACCAGAGAAGUCGGCACAGUUCUAGAGAUAGGAGCAGAGAGCGAUCCAAGAGGAGUUCUGGUCUCCGCUAUAAUUCCCACAGAUCCUCAAAAGAAAGAUUCAGAGACCAAGACUUAGCAUCACGUGACAGAGACAGAUCACCUCGUGACCGAGAUCGAAAAGAUAAGCGGUCCUUUGAGAGUGCUAAUGGCAGGUCAGAAGACAGGAGGAGCUCUGAAGAGCGGGAAGCCGGGGAGAUCUAAUUAGCCGUGUAUACAUCUUCAAUCCUUAAGCUUCCUAUGGAGUUAACGUGCUAUUAUUUAGUUCACAGCCAUUGGGGUGACAGUUCUAGAUGCUGAUCCAGGCUAGAUAUGAACCUAUUUUCCUUGAUAAAGCCUAAAACUACAUCCAUAGUUUCUGGUGAACCUGUAAUACCAUUCUGAACGUACAGUUUUACAUAAUAAGACGCUGAUCUCUAUUCUUUCAAGUAGGAGUGAUAGUGUAUGAAUUGUGUUAAUGCCUUACAAUUUUUGAACAUCUGUAAAAUUCUGUCUUCCUUUCUAUUCCAAACAGCAGCAGCUUUGGGAAUUUUUCUUUAUAAUUCUUCUUCCUUUGACUUUUGUAUCUCCUAAUACCUGUGUCUCCAACUGUAAGAGAAAAGGGGGAAGGGAAGCAAUAUAACUUCUGUUCUAAGGUUCUGUUCACCUCAAUUACUAGUUGAUUAUAGUUGAGCAUUUCUACCGGAUUGUGUGCUGGUGAAACUUACACAGGGCUGUCUUGUUUGGGGCCCUAUUAGAGUUGGAAGUUGAACAGCUGUUGCGUUACUUUUGCUUUUUUAUUGAAAGUUUGUAACCAGACUUGUCUUUAUUUUUUUUUUUUUUUGUUCUAUUAAAACUGCUAUGUUCAGUACAUUGAGGGGGGAUGGGACAGGGACUGUUUCAUAACAAGCACUUGUUUUAUUGUGUGUGUGUGAGUGUGUGGAGUAUAAAUGC